CCAUACAUCAAGCUUGAGCAUCCGCCUAUUACUGAACACGCCCCUCGCGUCUUCAACGACUCUUCCUCUUACACUACUUCCGACACCUCCGCCAUGACUUCUACACCUGCGCCUGGCGGUCGUGCCGACGUCGAUGACCAACAACUCGAUGUUCUUGGUCGUCCCAUCCAACAGCUAGUCAAGCUCAUCAAGGAACUUGAAGGACUGGGUGUCGAGAAGACAGAUCUUCCCCUGCCCAAGAUCGUUGUCGUCGGUGACCAGUCCGCAGGAAAGAGUUCGGGUCUGAGCGGCAUCAAGGUCCCUCGUAGUGAUGGCACAUGCACCAGGUGCCCACUGGAAAUCACUUUGUUCUCUUCGGAACAAGACACUCCUUGGUCUUGCACGGUGUCACUGCAACAGAAGUUCUCGUUCGACGCACAAGCCAGUCCCGACGGUCGCUAUGGAAAAUGGCGCGAGACCCAUACACCAACAACCAUUCCCUUCGCCAUUGUUCACGACAAGCAUGAGCUCGAGGGUGUCCUCAGCCGUGCCCAGCGAGCCACUCUGAACCCCGGCGACGACCCUUUGAGAUACCUCAACGCCUCUGUUGAUGAAAUGCCCAUGCUGGUUGAGUUUUCACCGAACAAGGUGAUUCUAAACAUCACAGCACCUGGUCAACCUAGUCUGUCUUUUAUCGAUCUUCCUGGUGUUGUUCGUCAGAUGACUACCGCCAAGGAUAAAUGGCUUGUCAACCUUGUUGAGAAUUUUGUUACUGAUCAUAUCAGCCAAGGAAACUCAUUGAUCCUGCUCGCUCGUUCUAUGGAGUCGGACUUUGCCAACUCAAGCGGAGCAGCAUUGAUCGACCAAUGUGAGGGCGCUCUGGCACGUACUGUUGGCUGUCUUACCAAGCCUGAUCGCUGGCCUCUCGGCAGUAGGACCCAACUCAUCAAGAACGUCCUGCAUGGCGACGCAUUUGCUGUUGGCCAUGGUUACUUUGUCACCAAACACCCCAACCAACUGGAACUCAACAACAACAUUUCUGCUGAAGACGCUCGCCAGUCUGAGACUCAGUUCUUUGCUCAAGCUCCAUGGAGUACAGAGCUGCAGGACUUUCAAGAUCGUUUUGGCACCUUCAAACUUCGAGACACCUUGUCGGUUAAGUUGACCAAGCAAAUUCUGGUUUCCUUGCCUCGGAUCACUAGAACCGUUGAUACUCAUCUUCAGGAGGUGGAAAAUGAGCUUUCUGGCUACCCUGACCCACCUGAGAAUGCCCUUGGUAAGGUACUUGAGGCAUUGACAACCUUCCGCAUUGCAGUUGAAAAGCAUGCNAAAGGAGCCUAUCCUCACAACGAAAUGCAUAACUCUCUCAAGGGAUUGGCCAACACCUUCCAUACGAGCCUGCAAAAGCUUCGUCCUGGUCUCAUCGUUGCAACUCCUGAGCAGUUCCGUCGAGCAAUCGAAACCCCUACCUUCUCUUUGCUCUCUGACGACGAAGCUAUUGGCACCCCUUGCCCUAGCAUUGAGCCUAGAUCUCAAAAGAAGAGAAGAGCUGAUUUCGAGACACCCACCACUUCGACUGCAAAGAAGAUCAAGUCCGACAUUACUACACCUAGACACUCUACUCCUACGACCAAGAAGACCUUCCGCCUGCUUGAGGUGCGUGAGACUCUGAGUAACCUGACAGCUUCAAGCGUUCCUGGCGAGGUCGAUCCUCUUGCUGUUGACCAUCUCCGUAAACAGACACUUGUGGGCUGGGAGCAGCCUAUGCUUGAGUUCAUCAACAGCGUUCACCAAGAAAUCCAGACGACUCUGGACCAGUUGCUCGAGGAAGCUUGCGCUCAGUGGCUCAACACAGCCUUCUUCAGCGAAGCCAANAAGAUCCUAAAGGCUUUCGUGGCCAACGCCAUGCGCGAGCAACUGCAGCACGCAAAGCGCGCUCUGGAUCUCGAGCAGCGCAAGCCUCUGACCCUGAACAUUGAUGGAUUCAAACACCAACACGAUAAGGAACUCCAGACCUUGCAAGAUGGCCGUGCAACACAGAGACUCGUCGAGAAGACCGAAGAUGCAGACCGCGCUGCCGGCAAGAUCAUGGUCGACCAGAGCGAACGCAGAAAGAAGGCCAGAUCCGAUGUCAAGGCCAGGGGCGAACUCGGCGACGACCCCUUCGCCGAAGAAAUCAAGGUCAUGGCCAAGGUUAGAGGCUACCACAAUGUCGCUCUUCUUCGCUUCCUCGAUCACGUUGUUCAAGGCGUCCAGGUUGAGGUCCUGCACGAGCUUGAGACCAACCUGUUGCAGCAAUUGAAGGACGGUCUGGAGGUUGAGACGCGCGAUGCGCAGGAGCGUUGCAAGGAACUGCUCGCCGAGGACCGCGAGCGUGAGAUCCGUCGCAAGGAGCUACAGACUGAGCGAACCAACUUCAUUGAAGCCCAGCACAAGCUCGCUACCAUCGGACAGAUCGGCGAAGAUGUUGCCUUGAACAACUGA